AUGGCGGGCCACCCGGGCUACUCUUUCCCGGUCCAAAGCCGUCUCAACCACCUCCCAAUGGGGCCUCAUUCAGAACCGGGGCCUCCCUUUGUGCCCGAGGCUUACAACGGGUUCAAGCCAGACUACGGGCCCCAAAGCGGGCUCUUGGAGGUCCCUCCAGGUGGAGGCGAGGCGCCCCGGAACUUCUUCUCCUUCUCAGCCGGAGGGGAGGCUUGGACGCACCCUGCCGGGGUGGCCCUGAGUCCCUACGGGGGUCCCCCGCCUUUGGCCGGGGAAGCCAAGGGCCCUGAGGUCAGGCUGGAGGCGCAGUACGGGCAGCCCAACGAUGGGGCCCGCUACUACUACAUGGUGGGCCCCGACGGCGCAGGAACAGCAGCAGCAGCCUCCUCCUCCUCUCCAGGCUAUGGGCCCCAGCCCUCCUGCAGCCCCAGCAGCCCCGCGGGAAGCAGCGCCAGCAGCACCGGCACCAGCGUCAGCAGCAGCCCCCCAAGCAGCCCCCACAGCCACGGGAGCCCCAGCCCCAGCGAAGAGGGCGCCUCCCGGGAAGGGGCCCAGGAAGGCGGCGGCGGAGGCGGAGGAGGGGAGGAGGACGCCCAGGAUACAACCACAGCACAAAUGGAACAAUUUGCCAAGGAACUGAAGCACAAAAGGAUCACAAUGGGCUUCACCCAGGCAGAUGUAGGACUGUCCCUGGGAUUGUUGUAUGGAAAAAUGUUCAGCCAGACCACCAUCUGCCGUUUUGAAGCUUUGCAGCUCAGCUUCAAGAACAUGAGCAAGCUGAAACCACUUCUCCAGCGUUGGCUGCAAGAAGCGGACAGGAAUGAGAACUUGCAGGAGCUAUGCACCAUGGAGUCAGCCAUGAUCCAGGCUCGGAAGCGCAAGCGUACCAGCAUCGAGAACACUGUGCGGGGUGCCCUUGAGGCUUACUUCCGACACUGCUCCAAGCCCAGCCUCCAGCAGAUUGCUCAGAUUGCUAGUGAACUUGGCCUGGACAAAGAUGUUGUCCGCGUCUGGUUCUGCAAUCGUCGCCAGAAGGGCAAGCGCAACAUAGGAUCCAGCCCUCGGGAAGAGAUCAAUGCUUUUGGCCCCCAUGGCUCCCUCCAGGCUCCCUCCCCAGGGCUUGGAGCAGCUCAUCACCAGCUGGGCCCAGCACCCCAGGGCUUCAGCUCCCCUGCCUUUGCUGCCUUUUAUCUGCCCACCUACCACGAUGGAGACCACUUUGUCCCUGCCAACUCUGGCUCUGCAGUCAUGGGCCACCCUAUGCAUUCUAGCUGAAGCGCUCUCUUAACAAGCCCCCCCUCCUAAGUUUUGAGGAAGAGGAUGGUCCUCCGGCCACUUCCUGCUGGUCUUUUGAAGGAAAGGGGGGUAACCUGGAGGAGGGGGUGUAGUUUGGGGUCUCUCUUUUUAAACAUAGUUAAGGAUAACCAGACUCCUUUUUGAAAGCGACCUCUUUUAGAUGUGAUUUGUAAUCAGGAUUUUAAGUUGAUCACUCAGUUGUGUUCCCAAAAUGAAACACGUCAAGAAGUCACAGCCAUUUAAAAAUAUAUAUGUAUGAGCUUUCAUUUUCUUAGAGCCCUUGAUAUGUGUGGUCUGCCGUUCUAUCAAUAGCUAUAGAAGUUAAGGAGA